UGCCCUGGCUGGAGAUCCCCCGUGGGAGCUCGUGGCGCCGGUGCUCGCCGAGAUGCACCUCUUCACUUUAGAGAGGAGGUCACUUGGUGAGUCGCUGACGUGGGAGGAGCUCUCGCGGGUGCGGACGCUGGGGCAGGAAUGGCUGCUUCGAAGGUGGGGUGAGGUUCUGGCGCAGGCUCAGUACGGUCAACGUACUGCUGAGGCCCUGCGUCCAGUUCUUGCGGCGUGGAUGCGUCGCAAGAGAAAACCCCUCACCUUCCGCCUUACUCAGGUGCUCACCGGACAUGGUUGUUUCGGUGCGUACCUGUGUAAGGUCGCCAGGAGGGAGCCUACGCCAGCCUGCCACGACUGUGGCGCUGCGGAGGACACGGCCCAGCACACCCUCGAGAUGUGCGAUCGCUGGGCCGUGCAGCGCCACGAUCUUGUGGCAGUGCUAGGCGGGGACCUCUCGCUCCCGAGCAUGGUGCGCUGCAUGCUCGAGAGCGAUGAGGCCUGGCAGGCGGCGGUCUCUUUCUGCGAGUAUGUCAUCUCGCAGAAAGAGACCGCGGAGCGGAAUAGAGAGGAUGACAGGCGCUCUGACGACGACAUGGCGCCGCCCCUCAGUAAAGGAGCGGUGCCCAAACCCAAAAGAGGACGCGGCCGCCCGCCAACGACCGGACAAUAUGUCGGCUUGGCGAAGGCACAGGCCGAUCUGAAUAGGGAAAAGGAGGAGGCCCUUCGACUCCAGGCAGAGGAGGAGGUAGCCGAGGCGGCCAGGGCGGCGCGAGAGACGCGUUCUUCGCUCCUUGCGAGCCCCGCCGCCAUGGAAGAAGACAGGCCAGAGCAGACCAACUACGCUCUGGCCCAAUGUGUUGAGACUUCGCUGGGAACGAUCUCCAUGGUCGCAGCGAAGUCGAAUAACCUCAAGGGGACGUUCCAGCGGCUCCUCAAGGAGGCGGUCAGCGACAUACGCGCCACCGUCGCUGAAAUGAGAAGUCGCGGAGCGACCGAAGAGAUGAAGGCCCUCGAGGCUCAGAAUGCGCGGCUCCAGAAUGAAGUGGAGUCUUUGCGCAAAGAGUUAGAGGAGCUACGCCGUCAGGUGUUGAAGCCGGCCGAGCAGGAUAUGCGCCAGCUGUUGUCUGAAGUCUCUCGAUCUAACGUGGAGACCUUCAGCAACAUGCUGAACGCUCGGCUGGCCGGACUGGAGAGUCGGCUCCUUCCAGAGCCUCGACUGCGCCCUCCGCUCGCGGCGGACAGAGCCCGGAGUAUUACGCCGGCUCCCGUCGAGAGUGUAGAGGCUCCACCGGAUAUGACGCCGGAGCCCCCGAAGCAGAAGGCCAAGGGGAAGCCGGCCCCAAGGAAGACACGGCAGCCAGCCGCCGCAGCGGCCCCGCAAGAGGCCACUCCCGCGCCCAAGGCGCCCAAGGCCAAAAAGGGCCGGAAAAAGAAGCGGCCGUCGAUGGCUGCUCUGGAAGCGACACAAGGGGGAGCGAACAUCAGCUCCCCUCGUACUGAGGCCCCGUGGACCACGGUAGGUCCAAAGGGCAAGAAGAAGAAAGGGGCGGCUACAAUACCUACAGCCGCCCCGAAGAAGAAGGGAAAGCCAAGGCUUCGCGUCCCCGUCACUGCGGCUGUCGCUCUCACAAUAGAAGAGUCGGCCGUGAAGGCGGAAGACAAGGCGCCGACCAAAAAGGCUCGACACAAAAAGUCGAGACCUAAAGGCGCGCGGGCCCCGCCCGCUCCCGCCCGAAUGGAGACGGACGCCUAG